AUGAAGGUACGAGUACUCUUGUUUCUCUCAGUCCUUUCGCUUUUAGUGUCAUGGACAACUUCAGAUCCAGUUCUCACUGGCUUCCUACAAUGCCUUCCCAAACAACCUCAAUCUGCCUACCCAAUCUUUGAAGCCAUUUACACCCAUGAAAAUACCUCAUUUCAAUCUGUUUUGUUGGGAUACAUUAGGAACAGCAGAUAUUCUACACUUGCAACUCCAAAACCAUUGGCUAUUGUCACAGCACUGCAUGAGUCUCAUGUCCAAGCAACUGUGAUUUGUGCGAAACAACACGGGUUGCAGAUUCGAACCCGAAGUGGUGGCCAUGAUUAUGAGGGCCUAUCAUACGUAUCUGGUGUCCCCUUUAUCAUUCUUGACAUGUUUAAUCUUCGAUCCAUUGAUAUUGAUGUCACGAAUGAGAGCGCUUGGGUUCAGGCUGGGGCUACUAUCGGUGAACUUUAUUAUGAAAUUGCAAAUAAAAGUAAGGUUCAUGGGUUUCCAGCGGGAGCUUGUCCAACUGUUGGAAUUGGUGGUCACUUUAGUGGUGGUGGGUACGGGCCUAUGAUGAGAAAAUAUGGUCUUACAGUGGAUAACAUAGAAGAUGCUAAACUUGUUAAUGUGAAUGGGACAAUUCUUGACAGGAACUCAAUGGGAGAGGAUCUUUUUUGGGCCAUUAGAGGAGGUGGCGGAGCAAGCUUUGGGGUCAUUCUUUCAUGGAAGAUCAGGCUUCUUCCUGUUCCAGCCAAUGUGACUGUAUUCAACGUUAAAAGAACUUUGGAGCAAGGUGCCCUAAAUGUCAUUUAUAAGUGGCAAUACGUAGCACCAAAGCUGCUUGAUGAAAUCUUCAUCAGAGCAAUUACGCGACUGAAGAAUAGUACAGAGGGCAAGAAGACUGUGGAAGUAUCAUUCGUUGGUCUCUUUCUGGGACAAAGGGACAAGCUUGUGCCAUUGAUGAAUGAAAGUUUCCCUGAACUGGAUUUGCAACUAAAAGAUUGUUUUGAAAUGAGUUGGGUAGAAUCUACUCUAUUCUGGGCAGACCAGCCAAUUGGAACUCCCGUAAAUUUUCUACUUAAUAGGCCACAGGGGCCACCAAAUUUCUUCAAAAGUAAGUCUGAUUAUGUGAAAGAACCAAUUCCAAAACAAGGAAUUGAAUCCAUUUGGCAAAUGAUGCUUAAGAUGGACAAAGUGUUGAUGCAAUGGAGCCCUUAUGGUGGAAGAAUGAGUAUGAUUCCGGAGUGGGAAACUCCAUUUCCUCAUAGAGAUGGAAACCUAUUUUUGAUUCAAUACGUGACGUAUUGGGUGGAAGAAGGGACUGAAACCCUCAAACAACACCUUGGGUUUGUAAGAAAAUUGUAUGAAGGAAUGACUCUAUAUGUUUCCAAGAGCCCCAGAGAGGCCUUCCAAAACUAUAGGGAUCUCGAUAUUGGCGCCAAUCGGCAGAAUCAUACGGAAUUUGAAACUGCGAAAGUUUAUGGAAGCAAGUAUUUUAAAGGAAAUUUUGAUAGACUGAUACGUGUGAAAGUCAUGGUUGAUCCUUAUAAUUUUUUUAAGAAUGAACAAAGUAUCCCACCUCGUUAG